AGUAUACAUCUUAACCGCUUAGCACUUCAACACUUUUGGUCUACUCUGGAUGGCAAAACAAUUCCUACAACACUCUUUGAGUUAUUGUGGUGAGAAGAUCAAAUAGAAGAGCCGCAAACUUCAAAUUCGUUUGUGUGGAGCAAAGCUGCAAUAAUAAAAGUCUGAGAAAUGCUAGAGGUACACACUUUGUGUACACACUUUUUGUACACUCGUCUGUCUCUUAAGAAAAUUUUGUCUGUCACAGACAACUCAUAUAUGAAUUGUCUGUGACAGACAAAAUUUUCUUAAGAGACAGACGAGUGUACACAAAGUGUGUACAAAAGUGUGUACCUCAAGCAUUUUUGUAAAAGUCUAGAACAAGCUAAGAGUCUUCAGGGUAUGGAAAUGGAAAAUAUGACUAACUUCUUGAAAGGAGAUGACAGAAACAGAACAUGUGUUAAGGCAGAAGAAGUUCCCGAAGAAACUACUCUCUGCCGAAGGAGUAAGCACACUUCUCAUGAGCUUUUCCCCGGCCAUCCUCUCCCUUCGAAACAAUCCCUGGUUUCUGCAUUUGUGGAGUUUGGUCCAGUUUUGGAGCCCCUGACUCAAUUCACACGCGAAUCUACUGCUCAGGUGAUCUUCUUACAGGGUGAUAGUGCAAAAGCAGCCUUUAAUGGAUUAGAGAGGAGUAACUCAUUCGGGCCUGCUCUUGCCACCUUCUGGGUGCUGAAUAACAGACCCGUUGAAGCAGUGGCAGCUGAAGAGGCGAGUAGCAGUGGCACCCGAACAACGUCGGAUGUCGUCCUCCCGCUCGUGGGCACUCCGAAUCUCCAUGAUAUGAUGUACUAUAUGAAGAACAAAAUGGAGAUGGUGAGAGAUAUCUUGGAAAGAGAAGGUCACACGGUUCACACCAUAGAUCCCGAAAUGAGGGCAAGGCUAGAAACCGCGCGAUAUCCACGCCUUCCUUAACCGGUUGAACUCAAUAAUGGCUUCUUCGUCUGUCUCCUAGCAGCGUAGUACUGUGUAUAACUGUGAUAAGUAGAAAGAGUAAUACGGAAUAUAAUCGUGAUUUGGUCUGUUUCAUUUCUGUUUCUUUUUUAUUUUAUUCUUAGUGCCAUACUGCCAUUGUUUGUCAGGAAGGUCUUACAUGGAUAUUUGGGUUGAUGAUAUUAGACAGCUAUUAGAAGGGGAUUCGUGUUUCUCUCUAGUCUCUACUGUACUCUAGACGUAAGUCAGGUAACUAUUACAAGGGGAUUCGUGUUUCUCUCUAGUCUCUACUGUACUCUAGAGGAUUAGCUAAUUUGUGUUGCUCAUGCAAUUAUAGAGCCAGCGCGUUUUUCCGGCCAGAUCAUAGUCUUAGCCAUGAUUCUAAUUAAUUCUAAUGGG